GUUUAAUGCGACUCACUUCUGAGGAAGUUUCAGCAGGACGACCCGGGGAAUGAGAUAUCAAGGGGGAAACAAAAUACGACCGGUGAAUCGCAAACCAAGUCUGAAUGCAUCAUCCUAACUGACUACAUUUUGGACAAGUCCGUCCGGCACAACAGCUGCGCCACUUUCUUAUAAAAGCAGCAAACUUUUCACUGCAAGUUCUUUAUAUGCUUUAAUCCUGCCUGUAUGUGUGACUGAGACCAUGACUGCAUCGCAGACCUUCUGAAGGCUCUUUGACAAAAGAUGCAACCAGGAGAUCCUCCUGCUCCACCGCCUCCGCCACCACCACCACCUCCUCCUUUGCCUCCACCACCUCCAGCCCCUGGCCUUCCUCCAUCCCUACAUGGCGCGGGCCUCAUUGCGAAGGGGGAGCGCCGGCUCUCCAGGAUGCGCAGUUUCAACUGGGAAACCCUUCCCAAACACAGUGUUAUGGGAAGGCACAACAUCUGGACAUCAGAUAAGACUGAUGGGGAAUAUGAGCUGGACACCGAUCACAUUGAGGAGCUGUUCAGCCACAAGCAGGGCCAGCAACAACUCAAGGCCCUGAACAACCAGAGUCUGAGGCGCUUGCCAACUGCUGCCUCAGGAGGAGAAAUGGUUUCCAUCCUCAGCUCCAAGAGGAGCAUGAACAUUGGAAUUUUCCUAAAGCAAUUCAAGCGGCCUGUGAAAGACAUGAUUGAAGAAAUCAAAUCAGGAAGUAGUCUCAGUUUUGGUUAUGGAAAACUGAGGGAGCUGUGCAAACUGCUGCCAGAUGAAGGGGAGGUGAAGCAGCUGGUCGGUUUUAAGGGUGACCACUCAGCUCUCCCUGAAGCAGAUCUGUUUAUGCUAAUGCUGGUCAAGACUCCCAGUUAUGAAGAGCGUCUCAGCAGCUUGGUGCUCAAAGAGGAUUUUUUUCCACUCGUGGAUGAAAUGAAAGAAUUCAUUAGCACUUUAAUAGCUGCUGGAAAGGAGCUGUUGGAGUCUGAUAAUCUCCAUUCUGUCAUUCGCCUGGUCCUGAAGACUGGAAAUUACAUGAAUGCUGGUGGCUAUGCAGGCAGUGCAGUUGGUUUCCGAAUGGCUUCUCUGUUGAAGUUAGUGGACACCAAAGCAAACAAACCUGGAAUGAAUCUUAUGCAUUAUGUUGUGAUGCAAGCUCAGAAGGUGGAUGUGGCCCUGCUUAAAUUUCCAGAUCAACUCAAACACAUUGAACCUGCAGCAAGAAUAAAUAAAGGUGACAUUGAAGCAGAGUUUGGGAGACUGGUAAAGAAAGUACAAGAUGCCAAGGCAGACACCUUGAAACAGGAAGAGCUAAAGGCACAGAUGGAGGAUUUUCUCAAGAAGGCUGAGGUCUGCUUGGCAGAAAUAGAGACUGAUUUUCAGGAGUUGCAGUCAGUGAGUGAUUCUGUGGCCGAGUAUUUCUGUGAAGACCCAAGCAGGUUCAAACUGGAGGAAUGUUGCUCAAUUUUCAACUCCUUUUGUGAAAAAUUUCUGCGGGCCAUGCAGGAAAACAAGGCUCGAGAGAUGGUAGAGGUGAAGCGGAGACACAGGGAUAGAUUACAGAGUGCUGCCAAGCGCAGGUCCACAGCUACCUGCUCCAGCAGAGACAAAGAAAUGGAUGAUAUUGCAUUAGAGUCCAUACUACAGAACUUCCUAACCAAUCGUGUCUCUCGGAGGAGACUCGGAAGGCCCUCGUCCACUCAUGGAAGCCCCACAAGUGGCAGCCCAAACAGCGGGAGCUUAUCAGAAAUUACUUCACAGGCAAACCUCCCCACUGGAAAUCAGAAGAGAGCUGGCUCGUUUAGAGCUAAGGGGAUGGGCAGAAAAGAGUGGAAUUCUUCAUUUGAACUCACAGAGGACUCUUCACAAAACAAAGCCCAGUCAAAUGGCGAGGACAGCAAGGCAAAAGGUGGCACUCCUCAUGAAGAAGAGAUGAAAGCUUCCAGAAAAGAGGACUCUAGAGGAUUUACACACCCAGCCAAAAGGACUGCCAACAUUUCCUCCUCAGUUAGAUCUUUCUCAACUACCACUGAUGAUGGUGACAAAGACAUACAGGACAAUAAUCGUGAGGAGGCCCAAAAGUUGCGUGAAGCAUCUAAAAAAGUGUUGCGGUUUCAAAACAGCCGUGGCAGUGUCUCAUCGGUGGACUAUUCUCUGGAAAAUCAGAAAUCUCCUGGUCCAAGUACCACCUUGCCUCGUCAGCGCACCUUUGAUGAGGACACAGAGAGAUAUCCUGGAGACCCAACCAAUGAAGAUUUGGUUACAUUUUUGCUCGGUCCUUCAUCCACCUCAAAACGUAACCUUGGCCGCCGCCAUACUCUGCCUACCAAAGUCCCUAAAACUGAGGAAGAGGAAGGUAAUCUGGGGGAUCAACCUCCAGUCAGCAGUCCCAAUCCUGUGGCAAGAGAAAAAGAGACACUGCCAGCAGAGGGUGCUGAUUUUAAUGAGGUAUCUCACAGCUUUAAAAAAUCUGGUGCUCAGGCCCAGAAUUCUCCAUCAGCAGAAAAGAAAAGCAAACUAAAUGUUCCUUCAGCCCAUGUUCCAGAUGAAGGGCUUGGGGACCCAAAACAAGAGGGUAAAUCAGUUGAGCCCACAGGCAACCGUCUGCAGAAGAAUAGUGAAAAGAGUACGUGGCUUAAGACUGAGACCUCUGGACUGUUUUUUAGUUUUUUUAAACGCUUUGGAGAUAUGAGCAAACUUCAGAACAGCAAGGAAACGGUUCAUAAGGGCACCGAUUCUGGUGUAUAGACUUUGAAAGAUAUAAAAUUUAAAGUGAGGGAAGUGCCUGGAACUCUUUUUUGUAAUUAACUCAUCAUGGUGAUGAUGUAGUGUUGUCUCUAAUGCUACGUUUGUAAAUUUAUAACAGGUUACAGAGGAUGUAAGGAGACAGAGAAGGUUCUAGGAAUGUUGUUAGGAGUGUUUUUGCUGAGGAAAGGCCUUUUUGUGUGUGUACCACUAGAUGGCGGAACAUAACAGUGUACCACUAGAUGGCGGAAUAGGGAUGUUGCUGAUUUCCAGACGAUCUGCACAUUGUCUAGUAAACAAAAGAAUGAUGGGCACACUCACUGUAAAACAUUUUGUUGUAACUUUUUAUCCAUGCAUGAUGACAUUCCCUUGACAACAUGGCAUUGUCUUCACCAGCUGGAUAAAUUGGUUUGAUUGUUAUUUUUUAUACUUGGAUAAAUGAUAAAUGACAAUUGGUGUUGAAUACAAUGUUGUUAUUUUCACUUUUACAGUUAUGAAUACUUUUUUUCCCUC